AAGCAGAUCUUCCCCCUUCGGUUUAGUCGGGCUUCAGUGCUAGUUUUGUGUGGGUUUCCCCCCUUCCAUAGUGACCAUGGCAUCCAUCACCUCCCUGCGUACCCUCUGCUGCGUUGUGAGAUCUCAGGUCCGUGCCCUUCACUGCACUCCCUGCCGGAAUGAAGCAGUCAUCAUUUCUGGCAGAAAGCUGGCAAGGCAGAUCCGCCAGGAGGCCCGACAUGAGGUGGAACAGUGGGUGGCAGCUGGCAACAAGAGGCCACACCUCAGCGUAGUUCUGGUUGGAGAAAAUCCCGCCAGCCACUCAUAUGUGCUUAACAAGACCAAAGCUGCUGCGGAUGUGGGUAUAAGCAGUGAAACCAUUCUUAAACCAACAUCCAUCACAGAAGAGGAACUGCUAGAUCUGAUCAGCAAGCUAAACAAUGAUAAUAAAGUGGAUGGUCUCUUGGUACAGCUCCCCCUACCAGAACAUAUUGAUGAGAGGAAAGUCUGUAAUGCGGUGACCCCAGAUAAAGAUGUUGAUGGCUUUCAUGUAGUAAAUGUUGGGCGGAUGUGCCUAGACCAGUAUUCAAUGCUACCUGCCACUCCCUGGGGCGUGUGGGAGAUCAUUAAGAGAACAGGAAUUCCCACCCUUGGAAAGAAUGUAGUGGUAGCUGGUAGAUCCAAAAAUGUGGGAAUGCCCAUUGCCAUGCUGCUUCACACUGAUGGGGGACACGAGCGACCUGGGGGUGACGCAACUGUAACAAUCUCUCACCGUUACACCCCUAAGGAGCAGCUGAAGAUGCACACUAAACUUGCUGAUAUUGUAGUCGCAGCUGCAGGUAUUCCCAACCUCAUUACAGCUGAUAUGAUAAAGGAAGGAGCAGCUGUUAUUGAUGUUGGAAUAAACAGAGUGCAGGAUCCAGUCACUGGCAAACCCAAACUUGUAGGAGAUGUGGAUUUUGAAGGUGUAAGAAAGAAAGCAAGUUACAUCACUCCAGUUCCCGGGGGAGUUGGUCCCAUGACAGUCGCUAUGCUGAUGAAGAACACAAUCAUUGCUGCUAAGAAAAUGCUGAAAUCUACGGAGCUCCAGGCACUUGCCGUUUAACAUCCGCUCCAUCAUAUUUAUGACUUUACAUUCCAAACCCACUCCCAUGAACAGGCCGAAGAAAAAUGCAAUAUUUUGUAUUUAUUGUAGAGAAGCCAGUGGCUUCGGAGGUGAAGAUAUUUAUUUGGAGCAGAGUAUUACCUGCUCACUAUACACAGCAGAGAAAAGCUUGAUCUGCAAAGACAUAUGUGGUUAGUGACUGUUACUAGUUACUGUUACAAAUGCAUAAGCCAAAGUUAAUGCUUAGUACUGAGCGUGUUAGAGAGAGCAGAUGGUUGUUACCUUGCUGUGCUGGAGAUAAAAUGAAAAUGCUGCUCUACAUAAUAGGAUUCUGACAGUGGCUUUGUUAGUAACUGCAAAGGAAUAAAAUACUGGGUCUAAAAUAUAUACAGGUUCGUGUGCUUGUGCUCUUGUCCUAGAAAUCGCAAGGAGUCUAUAGAAGCAAAAGCAUGUACUUGAAUAAUUUAAGCAAAUCAGGUUGCCAAAUUGCUAGCAGAAAAAGAUCACUUACAUGUCUAACUAUUUGGCAUGUUGAAAAUACUGUAAUAUGAAAUUGGGAUAUGACAUAUUAUCCCGAUUAGCUUGUGAUCUAACUCAGUGUGUUGUAAAUUGAAUACAGAUACAUAUAUAUGAUUUGCCAGUGAAGUUUAGCCAUGUGCAACCUUUGCAGACCUGUAUUAUCUGAGUUCUACACAACCUGCCUGCAUCAGUUAUCAGCUGCUAAUGCUUGUGGUUUUUGAGAGCUCUUGGGUUUAUUUUAAGAACCCACCCUCAUAUAUAUUUUUACAUGUUUUUUAUGAUUUGUAAUAUACAUUGAAUGGAGAAUGUCAACAGCUGAUCAGCAACUGAUUGUGAAGGGAGGAAUUCUGUGAAACACCAAACAGAUAAUCCCUGUGUUGAUGUGUGAUUUGUAAGAUGCCUGCUCUUUCAUUUGUUUGAAUGAAAUGCAGGUACCAUUUUGACAUCAAUUAAAAUUUUAAUUCCCUG